AUGUAUCAACUGCCCCCCAAUACAUACAAAGGCAACGAGUAUGAUUUAGAACCCCACCUCACAGUCCUGCACGAUCUCUUCGCAGACAAGAUUCACUCCCCAGAAGCCGCCGCCAAACUAGCCUCUGCCGCCUUAGCACUCGAUGCCUCCCUCGAGGCCCAACUCGGCCAACUGUGGCACCUAAUCCUUCAAAUUGCAUGCAAGAACCCAGAGCACCAGGAUGAACUUGUUGAUAUUCUCGUGGACCUUUCCCAUCUUCCGGACGUUACAAGGCCGGGUGACGAUGGACAAGAUGAGCCGUUGAUUAUCUACGAUAUGCAGGUCUGGAAGAACCUACCGCUGCUGGGGUGGGAGAUCCGGCGUUACUGGGAUUACUCUAUUCCGGCUCCAGGUACUAAGACACUGGAGGGGAGAGAAGCCGCAAUCUCAAGCACGGUGAAUGUGAAUCACUUCGUUGCCCUUCUCGUCGCGACUGACGAGCCUAUUUUCGAAGGGUAUUCGUGGUAUGCGCUCGUGACGCUCCAUGAAGCGCUUGAGACGCCCUGGGUAUAUAUGCAGGAGGGAGACCCCUUGGAGGCGUGGAUUCCUGCAGCGGCAGCGUGGAUUGAGGUUCUAGGUGUGGAAAUCUAUGAGUGGGAUGAGGAAUUUGAGUCUGGGCCCCUGGUUGGUGCUCCAGGUCGCGGAGGGCCGUUGUGGAAAGGGAAACACGGCUUUUGUAAGGAGAGAUGGAAGCUUUGGAGGGAGAGAUUUGGUGAGGCUGCAAAGAAGGAGGAUGAGUCUGAGGAGGUCAGGAGGGUUGCAGAGGAGGCGGAGCUGAUGAUGAAAGAGAUUGAGACUGGGCAUGUGGAGUAG